CGCUGAGUUCUCGCGAGACUUGUAGUUUGCGCAGGCGCAUUGUGGGAAGGAGUUUCUGACGCCUUCUGUUGAUUCUUUUGGUAUCAAACGUCCCUUUUCUUUCUAAGUCAAAGCUAAAAUGCACAACAGAGCCGACAUACAAUAAUUACUUCUUUUACUAGAGAGAGUUUUCCUUCCUCCGGGCUCAGCUCGGACUGUCAACAUGGAGGCUGGUGAAGGUGUCAGCAGUGCCACGCCCACAGAGGAGAUGAAUGGUGCAGGAAACUUGAUGGAUUUCCUGGACGAGCCUUUUCCAGAUGUGGGCACGUAUGAAGACUUCCACACCAUCGACUGGCUGAGGGAGAAAUCUAGAGACACAGACCGCCACCGCAAGAUCACCAGUAAGAGUAAAGAGUCCAUCUGGGAGCUGAUCAAGAGCCUACUGGAUGCCUGGUCAGGAUGGGUGGUGAUGCUGCUUAUCGGACUCCUCUCAGGUACGCUUGCUGGAGUGAUCGACCUGGCAGUGGACUGGAUGACAGACCUGAAGGAAGGUGUGUGUCUGUCUGCCUUCUGGUACAGCCACGAGCAGUGCUGCUGGACGUCCAACGAGACCACCUUCGACGACAGAGACAAGUGUCCUCAGUGGCAGAAGUGGGCUGAGCUGAUGACCGGCCAUGCUGAGGGAGGGGGGGCAUACGUGUUGAACUACUUCCUGUACGUUCUGUGGGCUCUGCUGUUUUCCUUCCUGGCCGUGUCUCUGGUGCGCGUGUUUGCUCCGUACGCCUGCGGUUCAGGAAUCCCUGAGAUCAAGACAAUCCUCAGUGGCUUCAUCAUCCGGGGCUACCUGGGGAAGUGGACCCUGCUGAUCAAGACGGUCACCCUGGUUCUAGCAGUGUCAUCGGGUCUCAGCCUGGGGAAGGAGGGUCCCCUGGUCCACGUGGCCUGCUGCUGUGGGAACCUCUUCUGCAGCCUAUUCUCCAAGUACAGCAAGAAUGAGGGCAAGCGCAGAGAGGUAUUAUCAGCUGCAGCUGCGGCUGGAGUGUCGGUGGCCUUUGGAGCACCCAUCGGAGGAGUUCUGUUCAGCUUAGAAGAGGUCAGUUAUUAUUUCCCUCUGAAGACUUUGUGGCGUUCAUUCUUUGCCGCCCUGGUUGCUGCCUUCACUCUGCGAUCCAUCAACCCGUUUGGCAACAGCCGCCUGGUGCUCUUCUACGUGGAGUACCACACGCCCUGGUACAUGGCAGAGCUGGUCCCAUUCAUCCUUCUGGGCGUUUUUGGAGGCCUCUGGGGGACCCUCUUUAUCCGGGCCAAUAUUGCCUGGUGCCGGCGGAGGAAGACCACCCAGCUGGGGAAGUACCCGGUCCUGGAGGUCAUCGCUGUGACAGGUAUCACGGCCGUGCUGGCGUACCCCAACCCGUACACCCGCCGCAGCACCAGCGAGCUCAUCUCUGAGCUCUUUAACGACUGCGGCGCGCUGGAGUCGUCCCAGCUCUGUGAUUAUAUCAAUAACCCAAACAUGAGUCGGCCAGUGGACGACAUCCCAGACCGCCCGGCCGGACCCGGCGUCUAUAACGCCCUGUGGCAGCUCGCCCUUGCUCUUGUCUUCAAGAUCGUCAUCACCAUCUUCACCUUUGGCAUGAAGAUCCCGUCAGGUCUCUUCAUUCCCAGCAUGGCGGUCGGAGCCAUCGCAGGAAGGAUUGUUGGGAUUGCUGUGGAGCAGAUGGCGUAUCACCACCAUGACUGGAUCAUCUUCAAGAACUGGUGCCGGCCCGGUGCGGACUGUGUCACUCCUGGACUGUACGCCAUGGUGGGAGCCGCAGCCUGUUUGGGUGGAGUGACCAGGAUGACCGUCUCCCUCGUGGUCAUCAUGUUCGAGCUCACCGGCGGUUUGGAGUACAUCGUGCCGCUGAUGGCCGCCGCCGUCACCAGCAAGUGGGUGGCAGACGCCUUUGGGAAGGAGGGCAUAUAUGAAUCCCACAUCCAGCUCAACGGCUACCCCUACCUGGACGUCAGGGACGAGUUCACCCACCGCACCCUGGCCACCGAUGUGAUGCGGCCCCGCAGGAACGACCCCCCGCUGGCUGUCCUCACACAGGACAGCACCACAGUGGAGGACGUGGAGACGCUGAUCAAAGACACUGACUAUAACGGCUUCCCUGUGGUCGUUUCCAGAGAGUCGGAGAGACUCAUCGGCUUUGUUCAGCGGCGGGACCUCACCCUCGCCAUCAAAAACGCUCGUCAGAAGCAGGAUGGCGUGGUGAGCAGCUCUGUGGUGUACUUCACAGAGGACGCACCACAGCUACCCGCCAGCAACCCACAGCCGCUCAAACUGCGACGCAUCCUCAACCUUUCACCCUUCACCGUCACCGACCACACGCCCAUGGAGACAGUGGUGGACAUCUUUCGCAAGCUGGGCCUCCGCCAGUGUCUCGUCACGAGGAGCGGGCGUCUUCUGGGAAUCAUCACCAAGAAGGACGUCCUGCGACACAUGGCCCAAAUGAUGAACCAGGAUCCAGAGUCCAUCAUGUUCAAUUAGCAGCAGGGAAGUUUAGCUUUACUCCACUGAUGGUGUAAAUAUGUGAAACUGGUGCAACACUACUGCAACUUGUGAAAAGUCCCUCCCAGCUACUGACAGGCAAGUCCCUCUCUGUAGACACCACAGCACCACCACUCCUCCUGCUUUCAGUGUAACUUUGCUGGACUAUUAACCAGCAGCAGAUUGCUUUAACUCCAUCGUUUUUACUUUGAACCCUUCAGGAGAUCAGCUGUUCGCAGACUGAAAUGUAAAGACCAGAUGAUUCAGCUCCCUUUUCUUUAUUUCAAUAACGUGAAAGCAUGUCCAAUCACAGCUGAGAGUUUAGCACAUUUCAUGUUCAGAGUGCCAAACUCCAGAGCAACAGCUGCAGUCCAGAUCAGCCAUUUGUUUAAAGCUGCUGCUGCUGCAAAUACAACGCUAAAAAGACACCCUGAAGGAGGAGACAGCUGAGACUGAUUCAGUAUUACUAAUUAGAAAUGACUGAUAACCUCCUUACAACAAACUGUCAGGAAAACCAGCUGUUCUAAAAAGUGUAGGCACGAAAUAUGAAGUCCAACUGAAACAUAGUCCUAACUCUAAAGCUGCUCUGUCUUCUGAAGUCUGUCGCGUUAGGUUGAAAGAUGAAACGGUACAUGUGCUUCAGUGGUUCAGUAGUUUCAGAUAAAUGGGACCAUUUGUUGGAUUGAGGAAGUACAGAUGUUUGAACCCUGACCUAAUCUUCUAAACGUUCUGUACCUUGGAUUUGUUUGGGACUGCUGCUCUUUGUUUUUAGACUAACAAAUGUUUUUGUGUUGCUGCCAUAUUUAUAUUGAAGUUGCCUGUGUUGACGGUUGUUUUUAUGCAUCAGGGGCAUCUCUUUGUUUCUGUUACUGUAGCCUGAAGGCACAAACUGUGACACUACAUGUUGUUUUUACUUUAGCACCAGAAGACUGUUUCAUGGUCCUUUUUAUUGUGUCAAAGGCUCCUGAAAGCCUCUAAAUAGAGUGCGAUGAAGGCAAAUGUUAAUUUAUAAAACCUUGAUUUGUUGAGUUGAAUUGUUAACCUCGCUGCCACAGACCUCAGCAGUUCCUCCGUCAGGUGAACCCUUCAGUCCUCUGACUUUAUCUCCCCAGAGUUUAUUAUACUUUAUUCAACCAGAGAGGAAAGAGGGAUUCAGUCUGCACAUCCUUCCUGUCUUGUAGCUUCAUAUCCUCAUCUCAGUACCACCUGCGUUGAGUUUGGCAGGUUUUGAGUUCCAGUCAGCUUUGGUAGAAGUGUCUAGUUUUUCUGUUUGUCCCCAGAUCACUUCAGGAGCGUUAGUCUUGCAGUUUGAUGGAGCUCUGUUCCUUUGAGAGACUGAAGUCAGUCAGGCAGCUGCUGAAGGAUCAUGAAGAAGAAGUGAAAUCAUGAAGAACGGAGUCGUAGAUGUUGCAUAUGUUUCCUCUUCGGGGUUAAAAAUGAUCCAGAACAAUCUCCAUCACAUCUUUCACUCUCAGAUGUACAGGUUGUUUCCUCUUGACUGCACUUUAAGUGUUUUAUCCCAUGUUUGUUUCCUGUGUUGUGUUUCUUGUUGCAAUGAAAAAAGUUCUCCAUGGGCGAAGCUCUCGGCUGCUAACUGUUCAUCUAAACUGGAACCUUCAAGUUAUAAAGGAAACACACUCCAUGUUGUUGAAGCGAAUGAUCAAGUUAUUGAUUUAACUGCCAAGAGAAUGUAUUGAAGAAUUCACUGCUGUAUGUAUUUAAAAUGUGUCGUGAGCCUUUUUAAUUUAAUAUAAUUUUGUCUGACAGACUAAUGCUGAGCCCUCUUAUUUGAUUUAUCAUAUCAGUCACUUGUACAGAGAACACACAUUUGCACUUUUGUUUCGGGGAUUUGUAAAUGAAAUGGCAGAAAAAUAAAUCUGGGAUUUGUCUCCGGAUGACACGUUAA